UCCACAAAACACCCCAUUUCUCUCUCCACAAACACACCCCAACACACACACACACAAACAAUGGACAACAUAUGUGAUGAACACUACUGGGAAAACAUGUUACACUAUAGUGAAGAAUUCGACAGCUGGGGUUUGGAUGAGCCCUUUUCCACGUACUACGAUUCGAGCUCGCCGGACGGAACGCAGUCGUCGUCACCGGCGUCUAAAAACAUUGUGUCGGAACGAAACAGAAGGAAGAAGCUCAAUGAAAGGCUAUUUGCUCUAAGAGCAGUUGUGCCCAACAUUAGCAAGAUGGACAAGGCGUCAAUAAUCAAAGACGCAAUAGAUUAUAUCCAAGAAUUGCAUGACCAAGAAAGGAGAAUUCAAUCAGAGAUAUCGGAACUGGAAUCCGGGAACGUGAAGAACAAUUUGGUGUUUGAUUUUGAUCGUGAGAUGCCGGCGUUGACGAGAUUGAAGAAGAAAAGGGUUGAUCAUAACUAUGAUUCUGGGAGUACAAGGAUAUCGCCAAUUGAAGUUCUUGAACUAAGGGUGUCAUAUAUGGGAGAAAAAACAGUUGUAGUGAGCCUCACAUGCAGUAAACGAACAGACACCAUGGUGAAGCUGUGCCAGGUUUUUGAAUCUCUGAAACUACGGAUCAUUACAGCAAACAUCACAGCUUUUUCUGGCAGACUUUUGAAGACAGUAUUCGUUGAGGCUGAUGAGGAGGAGAAAGAUCAUUUGAGGAUAAAGAUUGAAAAUGCCAUAGCAGCUCUAAAUGAUCCAGAAAGCCCUAUGAGCAUCUAAUGAUCACCACCAGAAUUGGAUCCAUCAAAUGAUUUUUCAUUAUGAGCUCUCAUGUAAUUGUGUUGAGGUUCUUACUAUUAUUUUUUUACCCUUUUUAAUGAUAAUUUUUAGCUUCUUGUUUUCCUUGAUGAAGAAUCUGUAGUUUUGUAUUGUAAGAAAAUUCCAAUAAAUGAAAAUUUGUAUUUUUCGGGUAA